UUAUUUGUUUCAAAGACUGUCGGGCCAACUUAUAAAAAGCGACCACAAAUCGAAAAAGUUUAGUUGUGCCGCUGCUGCAGCCAAAUUUGUUGGGGAAUAUAUUCUUGGAGUGUCUAAGCCGGUGUGUAAAGUGACUUGUGAUAUAAAGCGAUUCGUUCAAAUUAAAAAAUAAAAUAAUUAAAAGUGAAAAAAUAACCAACGAAAUGGCUAAUCCAAAUGAAGUACCAAAGUAUACGCAGAUUUUCAUUAACAAUGAAUUCGUCGACGCUGUCUCCGGUAAAAAGUUCCCAACUGUCAACCCUGCAACUGGAAAAGUGAUAGCCGAAAUUGCUGAGGGUGAUAAAGCUGACGUUGACUUGGCUGUAGCUGCAGCAAAGAAAGCCUUCCAUAGGAACUCCGAAUGGCGCAAACUGAGCCCCCUCCAACGCACAGCGCUGAUAAACAAACUCUGCAGUCUCAUGGAACGUGAUAAAAAUAUUUUGGCUAGUCUGGAGACACAAGACAAUGGCAAGCCAUUCACUUCGGCCGUUGGUGAUGUCUUUUUCGCCAUUAUGUCACUGAAAUACUAUGCUGGCUGGACCGAUAAGUAUUUCGGCGAUACUAUCCCCGGCGGUGAUUUUGUCUUGCAGACACGUAAAGAACCCGUAGGUGUAGUUGGUCAAAUCAUUCCAUGGAACUAUCCCUUGAUUAUGUUGGCUUGGAAGUGGGCACCCGCUCUCGCUGUCGGUUGCACGAUUGUCAUGAAACCCGCUGAGCAAACACCUCUUACUGCCCUGCAUAUGGCUGCUUUGUCUAAGGAAGCCGGUUUUCCUGAUGGUGUUAUCAAUGUUAUACCCGGCUAUGGCCCCACCGCUGGUGCAGCGAUAUCAGAACAUCAUGAUAUACAAAAGGUCGCAUUCACUGGUUCUGCAGAAAUUGGACGUAUCAUUAUGCAGGCGGCUGCCAAGUCGAACUUGAAGCGUGUUACUCUGGAACUGGGUGGCAAAAGUCCAUUUGUGGUCUUCGACGAUGUUGAUAUUGACAAAGCCGUGCAGCUUACGCACGACGCUAUUUUCCCCAAUGCAGGUCAGACUUGUUGCGCCGGCACACGUACCUAUGUGCAUGAGAAGAUCUACGAUGAAUUCGUUACAAAAGCCGUUGCUUUGGCUAAGGCACGCAAAAUCGGUGAUCCCUUCGAGCAGUCAACUAAACAUGGUCCACAAAUCGAUGAGGAAAUGAUGAGCAAAGUUUUGGGUUAUAUUGAAAUUGGCCAACAAGAAGGCGCCAAAUUGCAAUGCGGUGGCAAGCGUGUCGGCAAUGUUGGCUACUACAUCGAACCAACGGUGUUCUCCGACGUUACCGACAAAAUGAGAAUCGCACAGGAAGAGAUAUUUGGACCCGUCAUGUCUAUUUUGAAAUUCAGUGACCUUGAGGAGAUCAUUGAUCGUGCCAAUGACGUAGAAUACGGUUUAGGCGCUGGCAUUCUUACCAAUGACAUCAAUAUCGCGACAAAGUUCACCAACAAUGUGCAUGCCGGUACCGUUUGGAUCAAUUGCUAUGGCGCAGCGCUGCCCCAAGCACCAUUCGGCGGUUACAAACAAUCUGGCAUUGGACGUGAGAUGGGUCGCGAUGGUUUGGAUAGUUAUCUGGAGACCAAAACUAUCGCCACGAAAAUCGUCUAAGUCAACAUUAUGAAAGUUAAAGAGUUUUUCACAUUUAUCCAUAUUUAAUGUAUAUUUUUUAUACACGCACACAGUGGUUAAGAGCUCAAAAAAUCCAUAUAACAAUCAAUAAACAGCAUUUGAAAUAAAAUAAGGUGUUAAAGUA